AAUGCAUUGUUUCCAAAUUCAAUACGCAAAUGCGUUGUUUCAAUAUUACGUUAGUAGCGGUUUACAGGUGUGCAUAAACCGCUAUAACCAGCCGCGGUUUAUGUGUGUGAGUGUGUGAGUGUAAACCGCUACUGCCAGCAGCGGUUUACGUGCGUGUGUGUGUGAGUGUAAACCGCUACUGCCAGUAGCGGUUUACGUGUGUGUGUGUGUGUGUGUAAACCACUACUGCCAGUAGCGGUUUAUGUGUGUUGCGUUGCCUAUAUAAACCGUGGUUGUAGCCGCGGAUUAUGCAUUUAGAUGGUUUGUGGAGUUUUUUAGAGAGAGAAAAUUCUAGAGAGAGGUCAGAGCAAGUUGUGAGCGGGUCCGAGGUAUCUCAGCGGCGACUUCUGGCCAGUUAUCAUGGCAGGCAGGACCCUGUACCGACUGAACGGUGUUGCGCAUAUUGCCGGUUCUAUUGGUGACGAGCCCACUAGGUGUAUAUACAGUGUGAGACGGCAACAGAAUAUACCCUUGCAUGAUAGGAUCAUCCCGUAUUUAGAGAGGGCUGGAUUGUACCAUUUGGCCAGGCUAAACAGCGAAUGGUUCUGGUUGGAUGAGCCACUGGUUAGUGCGUUCGUUGAGAGGUGGCGUCCUGAGACGCAUACGUUCCACCUGCCUUUCGGAGAAUGCACAGUGACAUUGCAGGACGUGGCAUUUCAGCUAGGGCUUCCUGUGGAUGGGGAGGCUGUGAGUGGUUGCCUUGGUGAGUUUGAGACAUACAUGGAGGGUGGCCGACCAUCUUGGGAGUGGUUUGAGGACCUAUUUGGUGAGCGGCCUCCACCGAAUAAGGUCAAGCAGAUGACAGUAAACUUUACAUGGUUUCGCGAUAGGUUUAGGGUGCUACCAGCAGAUGCGAGCGAGGAGACUGUCCGCAUCUACGCACGGGCCUACAUCAUGAUGUUGUUAUCGACUCAGUUAUUUGGGGACAAGAGUGCGAACCGGGUACAUAUACGGUGGUUGCCAUUUGUGGCAAACCUUGAUGACAUGGGGAGGUAUAGCUGGGGGUCGGCCGCUCUGGCAUGGCUGUACCGAUGCAUGUGUCGGGUAGCGAACAGAAAUGUGACUAAUCUUGCGGGCCCGCUCCAGUUGCUACAGAGUUGGAUAUUCUGGCGGUUUUCGUCUUUGAGGCCGGAAGGGUUUGAGGCUUUCUCUUUCCCGCUGGCAUCCAGGUGGUCUGCCUACUUACCUCCUAACGAUGGAAAGGAGCAGAGAGUCAUAAGGUAUCGGCUUGCAUUGGAUCGAUUGACCGCUUGUGAUAUUGUAUGGGAGCCCUACUCCGCACUUGAUGUACUUGCCGUUGUCCAUCCAGAGAUACUUACAGAGGAGCAUAGUCGCCUAUGGCGAGCGGUGACCAGUUUGAUAUACUUUGCGGUCAUCGAGUGGCAUCAGGUUGACAGGGUUGUUCCACAGCUGGGUGGAGUACAACAUAUCCCCGAGGACGCUUUGAACGUAGACUGGCUGCAUGCUAAGGACGGGAGGGGAGGGGACAGGUGGUUCCCCCAUUACUAUUAG